AUGGACCCAGGGUUCCUGCUCGUAGCGUACUACCUGAUUGCCUCAGGUCUCCAGGCUGUCGCCCUCGUCAGAGCUCCUGGCGAGUGCCCGCCGUGUGUCUGCGCGCUGGACGCCCGUGAGAGUGAGUGUGUCUUGGAGUCGGUGUUCGCGAGGUCCCCUGAGGUCAUCCAGGACGUGUGCCAGGUGUGCUCGAUUUCGAGGGCAGAGCUCCGCUCGAAUUCCCUUUGCUCGUCAGAAGGCUCGCGGUUCUGGCUGCUCGUGCUUUUCAUUCUCGGUUGCUUGGUCGGCUCGCGGCCGACCGUCAUCGUCUCGUGCUGCCUGUCAGUCUCGAGGCGCACCGUCCGCGGACUGCUCGUACAACCCGACGCCCACCGUGCCCUCGCCGACAUGACCGACCAAGAGUCCGAGCCCCGAGUGAGUACCCCGUCCGUCCUGAGAGCCAAUGGCAGAGGAAAAUGGAUCGUUGGCACCCCCGAGUUCGAUGUGCAGUACGCCUACCUGUCGGAACACAGGGUCAUCCCCCUCGGUCGCGACGAGCCCAUCCCACGGCGGUACCGGGCCCAGACCUGCGCGUUCGAUGUGCCGAUCGAGCCCGACACCCUCGUGCACAUGCGCCGCGCGGGUCGCGACCUCCUGGAGGUCUUCGGGCUCGUGGGCUCGGCGGGCGCCGCCCAUGUGGGGGGCCGCUGCCGCGUCUCCGACCCGGCCCACGCUGCCUUCUCCGACGAGCUGCCCGAGGGCGUU